CAAGAUGACGUCACAUCGUCUCCGUCACGUGAUCUAUUAUUUAGACCACGUGAUCACGUGGAAAAGUUGCUGAGACUGCAAGAUACAAAGGAAGAUACGAGUUAUGAAGAGAUCCAGAAGGAACUUCUACAGAUAUACCAGAAUAGUGUGGUACCUUUGGAGAGCCUUUACAACUUCGAAGAUCUCAGCUGGGGAUUCCUUAGUGAGAGUCAGAUAAGUGCCAAACCGAUCGUCUUAUUUCUCGGAUCAUGGAGUACAGGCAAGUCGACGAUGAUAAACUACCUUCUCAAUUUGGAAAACUCACCUGUCCAACUUCAUACAGGCAUGAUGAAAUCUGAACCGACGACAACAGAAUUCACAGUCUUGUCAUACGGUGGUCAAUUCAAGGCUACCGAUGGUAAGAUACUCAGCUCCAACCCACAGUUCAGUGAACUCGAGAAAUUUGGAAUGCCAUUUUUAGAGAGGUUGAAAGGAGUCGAACUGCCCAGGGCUCUCCUUGAACGAGUGACCCUUGUCGAUACUCCGGGCACAAUUGAGAACAGAGUUCAACAGGAAAGAGGUUAUGCGUAUGAAGAAGCCAUGAAAUGGUUCAUAAACAAGGCAAGUCUCAUUUUUCUAUUGUUUGAUCCCUACAGACUGGAUGUUGGCAGAGAGCUGGAAGGUACGUUGCGUCUGUUGCAAGGGAAGGAGUCCAAGUUGAAGAUAGUCUUAAACAAGGCGGACAACGUGAAAACGCAGGAGUUGAUGCGCGUUUAUGGAACCCUUCUUUGGAACAUGGCACCUCUGACGAAAAUUGUCGAACCGCCCAGAAUUUACAUCGGAUCGUUUUGGGGACUAGAGCCGAAAUCGCAGAGUGAUCAUGAGUUGCUGCUGGCAGAAGAGAAGUCUUUGGUGAGAGAUCUGCACCAAGUGAUGAUAAACGCUGGAGAGAAUGUCAUCUCGCUGGUUAGGAAGCAUGCCAGGAUGGUCCUCAUACACGCUGCCGUUGUUGACAGGUACUUGGAAGUAUUCAACAAGGAACGUUCGAUAUUUGGAGACAACGAAGCCAAGUGGAAUGAUAUUGUGAGCAACCCUAACAAAUACAACAUAUUCGAAUACUUCGCGAGAGCACCGUGGUCCAUCAGCUUAUCUGAUCUGCCUCCAACUCAACUCUACGAAAAAUUCUUCAAACUGCACAAGAUAACCAAAUUCUACCCCCUCUCCUCCCACUGCCGGUUUCUCUGGGGUUGCCCAGAAGAUAAAAUUAAAGAGGCCAUCAGUUACAUUCUGCCGAAGUUGCUAACGAGGCAUCAACAGCUUUCUGGAAGCAAUCACUGCGAGAAUGAUUCGUGCUUGAGUUAA